AUGAAAUACGUGCAACUCGGUACCAGCGGUCUACGCAUCGCUCCAAUUGGCGUGGGGUGCAUGAGUUUCGGAAAUCCCGAAGGCCGCUAUAAGUGGUCGAUCCCGGAAGAAGAAGCCCUUCCCGUGCUUAAUCAUUGUUAUGAAUCCGGCCUAAAUUUUUUUGACACUGCAAAUGCCUAUUCUAAUGGCUUGUCCGAAGAGAUUCUCGGCAAGGCAAUCAAGAGAUACAAUUGGCGCCGCGAAAACAUUGUCAUCGCAACCAAGUUGUGGGCUCCUGUCGGUCGAGGCCUGGAGCAGCCGAUGGCGAUGUCAGAUGACGAAAAGGAUAACGCUGGCUACGUCAAUCAGUAUGGUCUAAGUCGGAAACACAUCUUUGAGAGCAUCGAUGCCAGCCUAAGACGGCUGGACCUGCCCUACGUCGACUUGUUGCAAAUUCACCGCUUCGAUCCUAGAACUCCUGUCAAGGAAACAAUGGAGGCACUUCAUGAUGUUGUCAAGUCAGGCAGAGUGCGCUAUAUUGGUGCUUCGUCAAUGUGGGCUUAUCAGCUCCUCGAGUACCAGUAUACCGCUCGCAUCCACGGUUGGACGGAGUUCAUAUCCAUGCAGAAUCUCCACAACGCCAUAUAUCGCGAGGAGGAACGAGAGAUGUAUCCUGCAUGCAGCAAGUUCGGAAUGGGUGGUAUCCCUUGGAGCCCUGUUGCAAUGGGUUUCCUGGCCAGGCCCUGGCGUGAAUUUUCCAAUACCACACGCGGGGAGGGGCAAGGACAGGGCUUCCUUGGCCUGACCAGUACAGAGACUGACAAGAAGAUCAACGAACUGAUUGAGAAACUCACCAAGCAGCAUGGCGUAUCAAUGGCGACUGUUGCAAUCGCUUGGUCCCUGUCCAAACCCUUUAUCACUGCACCGAUUCUGGGAAUGAGUAAGAAGGAAAGGGUUGACGAGGCUGUUGCAGCUAUAUCAUUCACGCUUAGCCCCGAGGAGCUGAAGAGCAUCGAUGACCUCUAUCAACCCAAGAAGGUGAUUGGACACCAAUGA